UCCGAUCACGAGGAAUCUAAUAAAAGAGGUUGAAAGAGAGAGAGAAAGAUCUGGCGUCGACCAAAUACAAGCCCUUAAAAACCCUCUCCCACCAACGUCAUCUAUCGACGGCCCUCAGCUGAAGAUUGGUCCAGCCCUAAAAUUAUAUUCUCUGAAUCUCAAAUAUACUAGAAAUUUAGACAUUGCUAUAAGCAGAAGAAUCGAUGGCUUCAUCAGAAGAGAACAGCUCGCUAUUCCCAAUCUUCAUUUUGACUAUAAUGGCACUGCCUUUAGUGCCUUACACGAUUCUCAGGUUAUGCCGUGCUGUCUCUAAAAAGACGAAGAGCAUCCACUGUCACUGUUCUAUAUGUUUACGUUCGGGAAAAUACCGCAAGUCCAUAUUUAAACGGAUCUCAAAUUUCAGCACAUGUAGUAACAUGACACUUGUGCUGCUCUGGGUCAUCAUGGGGUUCCUGGUUUAUUAUAUUAAACAUAUAAGCCACGAGGUUCAACCAUUUGAACCAUUUGGUAUUCUUGGCUUAGAGGCUGGAGCUUCAGAUUCAGAAAUAAAGAAGGCGUAUAGAAGACUUUCCAUUCAAUACCAUCCCGAUAAAAAUCCAGAUCCAGAGGCCCACAAAUAUUUUGUGGAGUUUAUAUCUAAGGCGUAUCAAGCUCUGACAGAUCCAGUAUCUCGUGAGAAUUUUGAAAAAUAUGGCCAUCCAGAUGGCAGGCAGGGGCUUCAAAUGGGAAUAGCUCUUCCACAGUUCUUGCUAAACAUUGAUGGGGCAUCUGGUGGAGUACUUCUUCUUGGGAUUGUAGGAGUUUGUAUUCUUUUGCCAUUGAUGAUGGCAGUAAUAUAUCUCUCAAGGUCAUCCAAAUAUACUGGGAACUAUGUCAUGCAUCAAACCUUGUCCACUUAUUAUUACUUUAUGAAACCUUCCUUGGCCCCAAGCAAGGUGAUGGAUGUAUUCAUUAAAGCUGCAGAAUACAUGGAAAUCCCAGUUCGUAGGAGCGACGCUGAACCCCUUCAAAAACUCUUCAUGGUAGUUCGAAGUGAGUUGAACUUGGACCUCAAGAAUAUUAAGCAAGAGCAAGCAAAGUUUUGGAAGCAACAUCCAUCCUUGGUUAAGACAGAAUUAUUGAUUCUGGCCCAAUUAACUCGCGAAUCAGGGUCUUUAUCUUCAGCUCUGCAGGGAGACUUCAAACAUGUGCUGGAACUUGCACCUCGCCUGCUUGAAGAACUGAUGAAGAUGGCUGUUAUACCACGCAGUCCUCAGGGACAUGGAUGGUUGAGACCUGCCAUUGGGGUUGUUGAACUUUCUCAGAGUAUCAUUCAGGCUGUUCCUCUCAGCGCAAGAAAAGCUUCUGGGGCAUCCACUGAAGGAAUCGCACCCUUUCUGCAGCUCCCACAUUUUAGUGAGGCCAUUGUCAAAAAGAUUGGCCGGAAGAAGGUGCGCACAUUUCAAGAGCUACAAGACAUGACCGCACUGGAGCGUGCGGAGCUGCUAACUCAAGCUGCGGGAUUUUCUCCUGCUGAAGCACAAGAUGUAGAGGUGGUCCUUGAAAUGAUGCCUUCUGUAGAAAUCGAGAUAACAUGUGAGACAGAAGGUGAGGAAGGGAUACAAGAGGGUGACAUUGUCACCAUGCAUGCUUGGAUCUCACUCAAGCGUGGCAACGGACUGACGGCUGCCCUUCCCCAUGCCCCUUAUUUCCCAUUCCACAAGGAAGAGAACUUCUGGUUGCUGCUCGCAGACCCUGUCUCAAAUGAUGUGUGGAUGUCUCAGAAGGUGAGCUUUAUGGAUGAGGCGGCUGCUAUUAUGGCAGCCUCAAAGGCGAUACAAGAUGCAAAGGAGGGCUCUGGCACGAGCGUGAAGGAGACAAGUACUGCUGUGAGAGAGGCAGUUGAGAAAGUAAGGAAUGGGUCGAGGCUUGUGAUGGGCAAGUUUCAGGCACCUGCGGAGGGGAACUAUAAUCUGACUUCCUACUGCUUGUGUGAUGCGUGGAUUGGCUGCGACAAGAAAGCAAGUUUAAAAAUAAAGGUUCUAAAACGGAGCCGGGCAGGGACAAGGGGGGCUGUGGUGGAUGAGGGACUUGCUGUGGAUGAUGGGGUUGAGGAAGAAGAAGAGGAGGAAGAGGGAUACGAUGAUUACGAGAGCGAGUAUAGUGAAGAUGGUGAAGAUGAUGGGGGAAAGGAGAAGAGAAAUGGCAAGUUGGCCAAUGGUGCUGUUCGUGGACAAGGCAGCUCAAGUUCUGAAGGUUCAGACACCGAAGAAGAAUGAUGACAGCCUUUCCUCUUACUCUCCAUUUCAGGCAUUUAGCUUCCACCACAACAAUGUUGUCUUUAUAAAUUAAAAAAGAAAAAGAAAAAGAAAAGUCUUCACACCUUGUUAAGCUUUA